UCGUCUCUUUAAUAACUGUUGCGGAAGCAGUGACUCAUGAAGAUGCCAGUGGCAUUGCUCUUGCUGCUGGCAUUGUGCAAUGCUAUUAAAGUUAAUGGUGAAGAAAGCGAUGGACAAUGUGACUAUAACUUGAUAUUAGAACCAAGACCUCACAGCGUGUCAAUUCAAGAGUUUGGUGCUGUUGGUGAUGGAAAAACAUUGAAUACUCUUGCCUUCCAGAAUGCCAUUUUCUAUCUCAAGUCCUUUGCUGAUAAGGGUGGCGCUCAGCUAUAUGUGCCGCCCGGGAGGUGGCUCACUGGAAGUUUCAAUCUCACCAGCCACCUCACUCUCUUCUUGGAGAAGGGUGCUAUCAUCCUGGGAUCUCAGGACCCAUCACACUGGGAUGUUGUGGAACCGUUACCCUCGUAUGGUCGAGGGAUUGAACUUCCUGGAGGAAGAUAUAGAAGUUUGAUAAAUGGUUAUAUGUUGCGUGACGUGGUAAUAACAGGUGAUAAUGGAACCAUUGAUGGCCAAGGCUCAGUUUGGUGGGAUUGGUUCAAUUCCCAUACAUUGAAAUACAGUCGUCCUCAUCUAGUGGAAUUUAUAUUAUCAGAACAUGUUGUAGUUUCAAAUCUUACUUUCCUAAAUGCCCCUGCAUAUAACAUUCACCCCGUCUAUUGCAGUAAUGUACACAUCCAAAACAUAUCAGUUUAUUCUCCGCCAGAAUCCCCUUUCACAGUUGGUAUAGUCCCAGAUUCUUCCGAUAAUGUCUGCAUUGAGGACUGCAGCAUUGCCAUGGGGCAUGAUGCAAUUGCUCUCAAGAGUGGUUGGGACGAGUACGGCAUUGCUUAUGGUAGGCCGACCACAGCUAUACAUAUAAGAAAGGUCCAUCUUCAAUCAUCUUCAGGUUCUACUAUUGCCUUUGGUAGUGAAAUGUCUGGUGGCAUUUCUAAUGUAUUGGUGGAGAAGGUCCACCUUUACAACUCAUUAAAUGGCAUUGAGUUCAGAACAACCAAGGGUAGAGGUGCUUAUAUUAAAGAGAUUAUUAUAUCAGAUGUUGAUUUACAAAACAUCCACAGGGCAUUUGGUGCCAGCAGUCUUUGCGGGACCCAUCCCGACGACAACUUUGAUCCAAAUGCUCUCCCAGUUCUUGAUCAAAUCACCUUGCAAGAUAUCAUUGGAAAAAACAUUACAAUAGCAGGAAACUUCACAGGAAUACAAGAAUCUCCCUUAACCAAUAUAUGCUUAUCCAAUAUUUCCUUAUCAAUCAAUUCUGCCUCUUCCAAUAUUUGGUCAUGUUCAUAUGUUCAAGGAUCUUCAGAGUCAGUGUCCCCUGAACCGUGCUCUGACCUUGAAAGCUCAUAUACUUCCUCCUCGACUUGCUUUCAUCUCAUUAAUUCUUAUGGUAGAGCCUCGGUAUUAUGAUUAUCAUUCUUCAUACUAAAAUCCCACUUGGAAAAAUCAUUUUCUUCUACCAUUUACCAUCUCAAAAAAUUAGGUCAGAUUCUUUCCAAUAAGACACAUGUCUAGAAUACUUUGCCAUAUUCCCAUUUUCACAUGUUUCACUAUCUGCAGAUUACAUGUACAGUUUCAUAUCUUCAUUCAUGUGUAAGGAAAUUUUUGGUAGCGUCGGCUCAAUCCACAUAAAAGGGACUUGCAUAAUUUUUGUUUUCUUUUGUUUUUCAUAUAGCUAUCUAAAUUGAAAUCCUUCAUUGUUUAUAAGGUUUGAUGCAGUAUAAUUUCCAGUGUAAAAUUUUUUAUUUUAUGUGAAUUGACAUGUUGGGUUGAAAUGGUAGAUAUAAAAAUUCCAAGUCAU